AUGUUGACCUAUUCUCAGAUCGGGCUCACAUUCACGGCACUUGGCUCGAGUCUAUAUCUGUUUUAUCGAGAAAAGUCUUCUAAAAGACUACCUUUGCCCCCUUCUCCGGGGGGAUCCUAUCCUAUACUGGGACACGCUCUUGUUUUACCAACUGAGAACGAGCAUAUUGCUUACGAUAAAUGGUGUGAGCAACUGGACAGUAAUAUCAUCUCGUUGACCGUGCUUGGGAAAACUAUUAUUGUAAUUAAUUCGGUGGAGGUGGCUGAAGAACUGAUGGACAAACGAUCGGAAACUUACUCGGGUCGACCUUAUUUGCGCGUAGUUGUGGACCCAGAACUACUCGACUGGGAAGGUGGCAUUAUCAUGUUGCCCUAUGGACCUCGUUGGAAGAAGCAGAGACGUAUUAUGCACGAGUUGCUAAAACCCUCUGCUAACACCAAUAAUUUCGCACUUUUCGAGAGAGAGACACAUGGUCUACUAAAGCGGCUCCUUGUAAACACGGAGAACUUCGAAAAGGAAUUUCGUAGAACUGUUGCGGCUGAGAUACUUUCGUCUGUUUAUGGCUAUACGGUCAAAGACUCAAACGACGCUCUGGUCCGAGAUAGUGCCACACUGGUCGAGAAGUUCACCAUAACAGCCAUCCCUACAAACUUCCUCGUCAACUUCAUCCCUUGGCUCAAGUAUGUCCCUGAGUGGUUCCCAGGGGCUCAGUGGAAGCGCAACAUCAUCCAGUGGAGACAGCUCAAAGAGCGUGUCAUAAACAAUCCAUAUGAAUGGGCAAAAGCGCAGAUUGCCUCUGGUUUUGCGGCGCCUUCGAUUGUGCAGACUCACUUGGCUUCGGUGGAGGGUAAUUCAAAGGCAAACAUUCCAGAGGAAGAGGAGAACCUUAAGAUGGUUGGCGUUGCUCUCUUUGGCGCCGCCGCCGAUACCUCUCACGCAUCUCUCAUGAGCUUUGUGCUCGCCAUGGUUCAGCACCCGGACGUCCAGGCUCGUGCCCAGAAAGAGAUCGACGACGUCACCAAAUCUGAGCGACUUCCCACCAUGGCAGACAGAGACUCUAUGCCGUACAUCCGGUCGAUUGUGCAGGAGGUCCUGCGCUGGCAGCCUCCACUUCCGCUGGGGGUACCCCGAGCUACCUCAGAAGACGACGAGUAUCGUGGGUACUUGAUCCCUAAAGGCUCUGUUGUAAUCGCAAACUCAUGGGCGAUGAGCCGCGACGAGUCGGUCUACAAGUCCCCAGAUCAGUUCAUCCCAGACAGGUUUAUGGACCCCGAUGUCCCAACCUCACCUGCAUUUGGCUUUGGUCGUCGGUCUUGUCCGGGCAACCACUACGCCGAGGCUUCUUUGUUCAUCCUAUUUGCGUCUGUGCUGGCAGUGUUCGAUCUUGGACCGAAGGUGAACCCUGCGACUGGGCAAGAGGAGAUGCCUGAGGGCAAGGUGGUGGUGCAUGCGCUCCUGAGCCGAAUCCUGCCUUUCGAAUGCACGAUCAAGCCCCGGUCAAGCAUACAUAAGGAACUGAUUGAAGCUCUCCAAUAG